UUUAAAAAAGCGUUCACAACGCUGCAUAUUUUACACGAAACGGACGCUGAUAAUUUUGUUCCUGUUAUUCAAUCAUCAUGUCUCAAUUUGUCAGCGAAAGGUUACAAACUAAACAGCUUUGCAAUUCAAAUGUUGAUCAAGUAAUUUCAGAAAUCCGAACAGUUGUAUUGUUUCCUGAGGAGGGAACCUAUACGGUUCUCAAUGAGAGAAUGACAAAACGGUUUAUGAGGUACAACAUAGGAGAUGUUAUUUCCCUCACCCAAGAUAAUAGGACAUUUGCAACAAAAAUCAUUUUCAGAGGGUCAGAAAAAGAGUGCAAUAAAAAAUGCAUAGAUUUGGAAAAUGAUUUGAGAAAGAAAGGAGCAGAAUCAAGCUACCAUGGUUCUGAAGAUGAUUCAGACGACGAAUCUAUUGUAAACGAACCUCCAACAAAAGUAUCUAGGCUAACUGAAGAAAUAAAUAAAGAGAAGUUACGGCUUAAACAGACAUUGCCAGGGGCAAAUGUGAGUGCGCUAAUUAAUCAAAGGGAUCCGUUUCAAGAAACCACUGAUAGAAGACAUCAACCUAUAUACACAUCAACGCCACCUGCCUCAGAAAAAAGGUCAUCACGACCAAAAAUUGAAGAGAAACAAGAUACUGAUCUCUUAAAAUUAAUAUUGGAGGAAUGUAGGAAAACAAAUGUAUUGCUACAAGAGCUUGUCAAUAAGGGUGAUAAUUCGACAGUGGGGCAGGUUUCAAAUGACCCAGCAGAUAAAUUGAACCGUGGUGACUAUGUACUUGAUGAUGGCACAAAUCUGCUGGAUGUUCCUCGGGUGCCACAUAAGUAUCUUAAAUACGCUCGAAAUUUGGCCAAGAAAUUGUGGACUGAUGAGGAAUUGUUAAAUGGCAUCAUCGAGCCACAAAAACAGUCCAAAACUGGAAAAAUCACUUUGGAUGUUCGCAAAGUUGGUUUGUUGAAAGAACUAAUAAAAGUCAUGUACCCAUCCAAAGACUUUGAAAAGAUGUGGUGCAUGUGUCGAGCAUCAGUAAAUCAGAUGGGACAGGAUAAGAAAAAGAAAAAAACUCAACAUUCCAACGAAUGAUUUUUUUCCUUUCUUUGUAUAUAAUAUAUUCAUAAAAAAUAUAGUUGUUGAAUCUCA